AUGUCAUCAAUUAAAAUUUCAUCGGAGAGAGAAAGUUUUUACUUAUGCGUCAUUCAAGCCAAUCUGAUCGAUCGUAUUAAUGAAUUUAUUCGUAAUAUUCAUCACAAAUCAGUGAUCUUAUUGGCAUUUUUUCUCUAUAUUUCUCUUUGGUUAACGAUUCAAACAUUGAAACAAUCAACAGAACAAAACUCAAAUCAACUUCGACCUUCUCUGAAUUCAUCGUUUUAUUUCAUACUUAAUCAUCUAUUUCAAUCAAACUUUAAAAUUAUCUUAAUUGACCCAUUUGUCCUCGAUUUUCUUUUUAUUUAUCAAUUACCUUUUGAUAAACUCGACAAACAAUUAGUAACAUUUGCUAUUGUCAAUGAAUCGGUCCAACUCUUACUACGAACACUUCAACAAACACCUCUCUUCUCUGUACAAACAUCAAUCACUACUCAGGACAAUCAUCGAAUUUCGAUCGAUCAUAUUUUUAUCACAUAUCAACAUAAAAUUCUUCAUCUAGCUGUUCUACACAAAUAUUACUCGUUUUACCUUAUCCAAUCCAAUCAUCUUCGAUUCCCCGAUGAUGACAAUAUUCAUCUACCUUUUGGUGACAAACUACGUGCUGUUGAUCAUAUCGAAAGUGAACCAUACGAAUAUUUGUUCUAUUACCCUCGAAACGUGCCGCAUUUCUUAUGGUUAUACGAAACAUCGGAAUUUCUUCACUGCAAUCGACAAUUAGCCGAUCAGAUGGAAAAUGAUCUGCACCUUUAUCAAAAUGCUAGUCAACUGAAUAUAACUGUUGUACCUAUGAAAAAUAUUGCCUUUGCCUUAAAUAAAUUGCAGAAACAUUAUUGGCUUGCGGGCGGUACUCUACUCGGCUGGUAUCGACAUUGCGGUUUAAUACCGUACACUCUCGAUGCAGAUUUUGGUCUCUAUGCUGAAGAAUACGAUGAAAAUAUUCGAAGUCAUUUUCUUGGAAAUCCGAUAACGUAUCUCUGGGGUGCAUUGGGACUGGUGAACGAUUCAUUGGAGUUUCGUCUGUAUACAGGACGAUUUACAUUGGAUCUGUUUUGGGCAUAUCGUGACGGAGAUCAUCGUUGGUGUGGCUAUCAAAUUAAUCGAGUGAAGUUUCGACGUACUCUUCCAUUACUCGAAAAACUUUGUUCAUGUGAUCUAUUCGGUCAUCGAUUUUCAGUGCCAUGUUCACCUGUGCAAUAUCUCGAUAGCGAAUAUGGAAAAGACAGAUGGAAAACUCCACUUGAGAAGAACUACACAUGGACUAAUAUGAAAUAUCAUUCAAUCUGGGAUGAUAUAUCGUGGAUGUAUGCAGUACGUUUAUAUACGCGACAGGGGAAACUUCGGACAGAUAAAUUUGCAAUUGAGUGGAUAUCAAAGCAUUUUAAUUAUAGUCUUACUUCUAUUCCAUCGUUUUUAAAUGUUUUACCAAAUCAUCCAGUGACACUUCCUCCAUUGAAAGCAACACUUGUCUAUGGUACACCGAUGAAAAGAAAAAACUCAAGAAAAAAAGCUGCGAAGAAUGACGAAAAGAAAGAUGUUAUUUAA